AUGAGUUAUAAUGAGAACCAUUAUGAAAAUCCAAGAAAUGUUGGUUCUUUGGACAAAAAUGAUCCGAGUGUUGGCACCGGUUUGAUUGAUGCACUAUUAUGCGGUGAUGUGAUGAAAUUGCAGAUAAAGGUCGAUGACAAAGAUGUUAUUGAAAAUGCAAAAUUUAAAACUUUCAGUUGUGGUUCUGCUAUUGCCUCAAGCUUUUUAUUAACAGAAAUGAUCAAAGGCAAAACUAUUGAAGAUGCAACAGAGAUAACGAACACCCAAAUAACGGAAGAGUUAUGUUUGCCCCCAGUGAAGGUACACUGCUCAGUGCUUGCUGAAGACACUAUAACAGCCGCCAUUCAUGAUUAUCAAAGUAAACAUAGUAAAAAAUGA